CUUUAAGAUCCCAAAUAACAUACUAGAUCUAGACUACAUCUACAGCCACAUCCAAUGUAAAGAUGCAGUGCAUUAUAAUUUGCAUACAUCGAAUACAUAACAUAUGAUAAACUAUAGGUAACUAUUUCAAGGGAUCUAAUGGUUUAAGAACAUGGGCAUAUGGCUGAUUCUUCUACCUGUCAUGGUCAUGCAUGUGACAGGUGAAAGUGACUACGUCAUGUUAGAUCGCUUUGAAGUGUUGGAAUCGAAAAGUGGAUGCACAAAAGGCUUAGUCUCGGGUCAAGAUUCUAUCAUGCUGACCGGAACUGUCAGGACGAACGCCCCCUUUCGGUGGCAGCUCUUUCUUGAGAGAGUUGGAUUUGAGAUUCAGGAUAGCUAUUACGGGCCGGUCUGUACGGUGGACGUGUCGAUGGGAAAUUGUUUCAGGAGAAACAACGCCUCACUCAACACCUGCUUUUGUGAGAAAAGCAUAAACGGCACCUGGACCAUUGUUCUGAAGUGGACUGUCCAAGCAAGUUUUAACAAAGCCAGCUUCUACCUGUGGUGGGGACAGAAAAAUUUUGAGAAAAGCGACGCACUCUCAAUGCAGCAGGACGUAAUAGAUGGCCAGAAAUAUUCUUGUAUCAGUGAUAAUCUAAUAGAUGUCCAGUCACUUCUGGGUACCGAAUCGGGAAGUAAGCCUACCGUCUGGGUCAAAGGUCUUAGCCACUGGCUCUUCGUUAGUGUCUGCCUGUUGGUCUGCACGUGGCGAAGCAGACCAUGGAACGUUCUAAAUGCUUGAUCUCUACUUAAGUCAGUGUAUCCUAAAUGUUCAGAAAGAGUUAACCCAGAAACAUCAGCAUCAGCAUAAGUUUGUUCCAGCCAUAACUUGGUUUCGUCGAAGGAUCCUUGCAAGAACUAAGAUGGAAAGUUAUAAAUAUGUAAAUUAAUUGCCUAGCUGAUGAUCUCAUCGUUUAGAUUAAAGUCUAGAUUUUUUUUUUCAUUUUUCAAACAAGGAAAGAAAUGUACAACUUGUUGACGCAUUGAUUUGCUUGUAAAGUCUAGUUCUUUUAUUUAUUGACACCUGUUAGUGUUAACAUCUUGAAACAUGUCUAUAACCACAUCGAAUUGAUCUAAACAUUAUAAAAUGGUCAAUCCUAAACAUAUACAGAUUUGUACCACUGGAUAUUUUACAGAUGUUGGGGGUUUUUGAUAUCACUUAGGUAAUACUUAUUUGAUACUGUGAUACUGAUCGCACUGUUUCCUGGUUUAGUAACAGUUGUAAUUGCUGCAUAUAUAUUUUUUAAAUUUUUUUUUUAAUAUAUCAUCAACGAAAUAAAUUUAAACCUCA